AGGGCACCAGCUGCUCCAGCUCGCGUCCAGACUGCGAGACAUGUGGCGGAGACUUUAUGAAAGCUACGCUCUGUUUUCAGCCCCAAACUCUCCCCGCACGGCACUUUUCGUUGUUAUUUAGUGGCAGGAGUUCCAGAAACAGACCCGUCGGAGGAAAACCAGCCGCGAAGCGUGAUUUUCCUGCUGUGUGUUGCAGUGGUGAUCGGGACAGCACGGGGCCAGACAUGACCGGAGCCGGAAGCGGCGGUCAGGGCCUGCCUGAAGGGCCCGACGCCGAGGAGGCGGAGAGGUGUCCCAUCUGCCUCGGCGUCCUGCCCCGAGGCGAGCUCGCCAUGCCCGACAGCUGCUGCCACGUCUUCUGCCUCCGAUGCCUCCUCACGUGGGCCGAGAUGGCUGCUUCCUGUCCGGUGGACCGACGGCCCUUCAGUAAGGUCUACAGGUGGGACGGGAAUCUCAGCUGUGUGCAGGUUCCUGUGAGGAAGCGUCCUGCUCUGGCCGACGCCGAGACCUGCUGCUGUAGAAACCCUGAACACAAAGUCUGUCUGAAGAGCAAGCCGACAAGAAGAUUGAGGCGGCAGAAGGUGGAGAGGACGGCGGACUCCAAAACAAAAGGGCUCGUGAGGAAAUGCAAUGAUGAAGAUCCUUCUUCACUAAGCCGAAAAAAGGUGAGAGGAACAGAGUGCCGCGCCUGGUCUCCGCCUCCUUGCGUCUCAUUAAUCACGUCAGCGCAGGACGUAGCGGAUCCCGUCUGGCUGGCAGAGGACGUACAGUACGACACUGGAUUCAAGCAGUGCAAACCUCAGGCUCAACGCUGUCCGUGGAUCUCUCCCGCUGCUCCCAUCCCCGCCAGCAGCACCUCCAGGCAGGGCUUCUAUGGAACUAGUUGGAACCACAGUCCGUUUCCAUUUGGACUCAUCUCAUCCCCAUUUACCCCCAGCCCAUCGUUUGGCCCCAGCCAUUUCGUGUUUGAGGGCGUCGUCUGCGCCAUCACGUGUCCCAAAGGAGGCGACAAGCGAGGAGGCAGAGGUUCAGCCUCCAAAGCGCCCACCAAAGAAGCCGAGUCCCGGCCCUCCAGGCGGUCCGUGCGUAACAAAAGCCAGGAAGAGACUCCGGCGUCCGACGCCGCCUCGCCGCCGCCGCCGCAGUCCAGCGUGUCUGAUUCCGACUCGUCCACCGGUCAGUCUGCUCAGCCCGGCAAGGCCUCUCAGGUACCCGCCAAGAGGAAGGGCAAACGGGUCACAAACCGCAAGGCCAGCGGCAAACGGAAAGCUCCAGCAAGGAAAAAACCCUCUCCUGUUAGCAAUCACUCAGCAAGUGAAGAGGAGGAGGAGGAGGAGGAGGAGGAAGAGGCUGAUAAAAGUGACUGCAAGGAGGAAGAUGGAGAUCAGCAGGAGAACGACCUGGAUAUCGGCGAGCAGCAGCAGUCUGACGCUGAAGACAGCGUCAGAGGUGAGAACAGCUCCGGCGAUGAGCGAGAGGGCUCGGCGCCGGCGAGCAGCGUGGCGCCGGACGCCGACGACACUCAGGAACAGUCUGAUGAAGACAAGCAGGAAGAGAAACCCGACGACGACGGCGUCUCCUCUCAGUCGGGCUCUCCUCCGAGCCCCGCCUCCUCCUUUGAGGUUCUCCACAGUCCGAGUGAAGAAGAGGAGGAGAAGGAGGAGGAGCCUCCCAGUCCGGCGUCCCCUGAAGAGGACUCCGAGAACCAGACCUCCAUGAGCCCCGCGGCUCCCGAAGAGCCGGCGUCCGCGCAGUGCGACGACCAGGACGCCAACAUGGACAUUAGUGACGAUUCGCAAGAAGCCCACGUGACCGAAUCGCCGAAAGAAGACAUGGCUGAGCCGGGCGAGAACUCGCCGCAGGCGGGCUCGUCUGAGGAAAACGUUGCAGAAGCAGAGUCGAAAGAAUCGGAGGCUCCCGGCGCUAAAAUGUCAGAAACGGAGGAGCAUCCAGAAGUGGACGGAUCAGGGGAAAAGGCCAAGGACGACGACUCAACCAAGGACGACACAAGCAUCGUCCCCAUGGACUGUAGUUCUCCGCCGAGCGAGCAAGAGGACAAUCCUGUUUCGGAAACGCCAAGUGAGAGCGCUCCUGCUCCUCCUGCUGCUGCCGCCGAGCCUCCUGCCACCGCCUCUGAGAGCCAGGCCGCCAAGGAGGAGAGCGCCAAGGGAGAGAGCGCCAAGGACCAGCGUAGCCGAGAAAGAAGCCAAGAGAGGAAGAACGGGAAGCCGCGGCGCUCUCGCUUCCACUCCCCCACCUCCACCUGGUCGCCUAAGAAGGACUCGAAGCGAGAGCAAUCCCGACACUCGCGCUCGCGCUCCAGAGAGCGAGACGGCAGCCCGCCCUCCAGCUGCUCCUCGCGGGCUCGCAGCAGGGAGAGGGAGCGGGACCGAGACGGAGAGCGGGACUAUUCCCGGAGAGAUCGCAGUCGGGAAAGGAGGCGGCGGCGGUCCAGGACUCGCUCUCGAUCCCGAUCCCGCUCGAGGUCAAGAUCCCGAUCCAGGACCAGGUCGUACCGGCGGGGCCCCAGCCCCGAUCGGCCCUCGUCCAGGGAGCACUCUCCUCAGAGGAAGGAGCGAUGGGGCGGCUGGAGGUCUGGACCCAGCGGGGGGUCUGGCGGGGAGGGGCGCAGGUAUCACGGCGGCGCUGGCCGCUUUGAAAACGGCGCGCCUCCCGAGAGCUCCCCCGACCGCCAGGGCUGGUCAGAGAAUCCCGACUGGGUGACGGAAAAGACUCGGGGCGAGCCCGAGGGAAGGAACCGGGACUUCGGGAGCUCACGCUGGGAAGACCACCGCAACAGAGGGGAGCCUCGGGGGCGGGGGGGCCGCGGGGGGUUUGACCGCGGGGGGCGGGGCGGCGCCGGCAACCGGAGCUUCUUCAGCCAACAGGAGGAAGCGGCCGACAGCCGCUGGCCUCCCCGGAACAACUUCUCAGGUACAGGCAACAAUUCAGGGAACGACGCGUACAGCCGCUUCAACGAGAACCGGGGCGGCGGCCGCAGGAAGGAGUCCGACCCGGGCGAGUCCAUGCUGGACCGCUCCGGCUGGUCCUCCGCCUCCAGCUGGGCCGUGAGGAGGACGCUGCCCGCCGACGUCCAGGACUACUACUCCAAGAGAGAGCGGGGCGGGGCGGGCAGCUGGAACCGGCAGGAGGAGGAGCAGCCGGCCGCCGCGGCAGACCCCCCUAAAAGCGAGGCCCCUCCCCUGGUGGUUCCCGGCAACGCUCCGGUGCCCGUCCUGAACGUGAUGCCCCCCCAGCUCAACGUCCUCCACUACCCGCUGCAGGCCCCCCGCGGAGCGCUGCCGGUCAGCCUGCAGCCCGCCGCGCCCUACGCCAUGCCCCCUCAGGUCCCCCUGCACCUCCACCCCGCCGUGCCGCUGCUGCAGGUGCCGGCCGUCGGCGCCCAGGGCCUGCCGCCCCCUCCGCCGCCGCCGCCGCCCAUGCAGCAGGGCAGCCUGACGGCGGUGACCGCAGCCUCGCAGCCCGAUAACCACGCCGCGCAGAUGGCGAGCACCAUGGUGGCUUAUGGGAAACCCGGCCUCCUACCCACGCCAACCAAAGCGAUAGUGGCGGCGGUGAGCCAGGGCCCGGCGGCCCCCAGCCAGGCGCUGCCCUCCUCCACCACCCAGCCCAGCCAGCACAGCAAGGCUCAGGCCGACAGCUCCAAAAAGGAGAAGAAGCAACAGAUCCAAGAAAAGGCCAUCAACGAGGUGAAGACAGCCAUCAAACCGUACUACCAAAAGAAGGAAAUCAGCAAGGAGGAGUACAAGGAGAUCGUCCGCAAAGCAGUGGAGAAGGUGUGUCACAGUAAGAGCGGCGAGGUGAACUCCGGCAAGGUGGCCAACCUGGUGAAGGCGUACGUGGACAAAUACAAACACGCCCGCAAGAAAUGAGACCCCGCCCCCCCUCCACCCCCCCCCUCCCCAGCUGCCGGGGCGUCUCGCCCUCUCACACACACUCAGCUGCUCAAGUGCAAUUUCCUCUCGCUGGAAUCGGGCCUCCGAGCUGAAAGACGACGGAGAGCCGCAGUUUUGUUUUGUUUUUUUUUCUUUUCUUUGUUUCUUUUUGAUAUCUCUACCUUUUAUUGACAGAUUUUUUCUAUAGAUUUUCAUAUUUUGUUAGAAAAGAUUGACCCAAUCAGAAAAUAAUUGUAACGCAAGAGCCCUUUAUUUUGCAUAGGUAAACGUGACGGGGGGGGGCCGGUUCAUGUUAGCGCAGCGCUCGGCGGGCGUCGGCUGGCGUACUGGAGAGCCUCUCCCAGGGUGCAGGCUGCCGCCGCCGCCGCCGUCUACGCCCCAUCGGCGGCGUCCUCGAUUAUGUAAAUCAAUAAAUAAUAUCUUGAGAUGAACGCCUCCGACGUGCGCCCUGCCGAGAGGCGGACACCCGAUCGGCGCCAUCGUACCCGGGCCCUGGAAGGCCGGUCGGCACGGAGUGUAUAAAAGUGAGGCGCGGGUCCCGGAGGGGGUCGACCAGGCGAGACAGACUCCGCCCCCCUCCCGCCUGCAUGUGUAAUAAAUGUGGAUGUGUGAACAUGAACUGUGCAAAGUAUCCAGAGAGUAGUGAAAUAAAUUAGCUGCUUCCUA